AUGUUUGAGGAAUGGUGUCUGUCCUUGCUGGUGACCGUGCAGCACACCGAGCGCUACGUCACUCUGUUUGCCUCCAUCGUUCUGAAGUGCGACUACACCACCUCUGCCCAGCUCCAGGACGUGGUGGUGACUUGGCGCUUCAAGUCCUUCUGCAAGGAUCCUAUCUUCGACUACUACUCUGCCUCAUACCAGGCAGCCUUGUCUCUGGGCCAGGACCCAUCGAAUGACUGCAAUGACAACCAACGGGAAGUUCGCAUUGUGGCACAACGGCGAGGGCAGAAUGAGCCUGUGCUGGGGGUGGAUUACCGGCAACGCAAGAUCACCAUCCAGAACCGAGCUGACCUUGUGAUUAAUGAAGUGAUGUGGUGGGACCACGGAGUGUAUUAUUGCACCAUUGAAGCUCCAGGAGACACAUCAGGAGACCCAGAUAAGGAGGUGAAGCUCAUUGUCCUGCACUGGCUGACUGUGAUCUUCAUCAUCCUGGGUGCCAUCCUCCUCCUGAUACUGAUUGGUGUGUGCUGGUGCCAGUGCUGCCCUCAGUAUUGCUGCUGCUAUAUCCGUUGCCCCUGUUGUCCCACCCGCUGCUGCUGCCCUGAGGAAGUCCUGGCCCGCCACCGCUACCUGAAGCAGGCUCGGGCUCUAGGUCCUCAGAUGAUGGACAAACCCCUGUCCUGGGGGGCGGACAGGAGCUCCCAGGUGUCAUCUUACCCAAUGCACCCGCUGCUGCAGCGAGAUUUGUCCUUCCAGUCCAGCCUCCCACAGAUGCCAAUGACCCAGGCCCCCACACACCCUUCUGUCAACAACAGUGUUCUGGAAUAUCUGGAGAAAGAGCUGCGGAACUUCCACCCGGCCCAGCCUCUGCCUCCUGACACCAAGGCCAGACUUGCACCCCCAUGCAGCCUGCUGUCCUCGUUGGGCUCCGAGGUGGUGGAACGCAGAGUCAUCCACCUGCCCCCACUGAUCAGGGAGGUGCCAUCUUCUCGGGCAGCCAGCGAUUCCUCACGCCAGCAGUGGCUCAGCCCUGUUGCCUCCAGACCCUGGGAUCUCAGGGAGGGAAGACAGCACCAUAACUCUGAUUUCCAUCAGGAGCCCCAGUACUGCAGCCCAAGGCCCAGGGGGAGGCAAAGAAGAGAGCUGGAUUACCCUCGGAGUGUAAGGCACCCAGGCCCCAGACCCUGGUCCGAUGGGGACAGCCUCAGCGAUGGCCAGUCGUCCUGGGAAGCCCAUCGGAGACCCAGCCGGCCCCCUCUCCGCAGCCACCGAGACUGGGACUGGGACCGGGACUGGAACCGGGAUCGGGACCGGGACCGGGAGCGGCAGCGACCCCGCAGGUCCAGCUCCUUGCACAAAAACAGCCAAAGGCGCGGUAGACGCAGGCCCCGCAGCUACUCCCCUCCUCUGCCCUCCGACCUCAGCUCCUGGAGCUCAGAAGAGGAGGAGAAGGAGCGGCCCCCAAGCUGGGGCACCCACAGCCGCCAUCGCCCUCGCCCUCGCUGCCGUCGCUCGCUCUCCCCACCCUGGCCGGAGGAGAAGCCGCCCAGCUACAGCUCACUGGAUGACACUCCAGGCAAGAAUGGCAGGCAAAGAGGGAGUGUGGAGAGGCGCUCGGAGAGAGAAAGCUCCCGUAGUGGAAGAAGUGUGAUCAUUUAG